AGCAUGGCGUCGCCCGGGGGCUCCGGAGGGCCGGCGGUGGAGGCGGCGGCGGCGGGGCUGGUGUGGGAGCGGGCCUGGUCCUUGGAGGAGGUCCGCGGCGGGAGCCAGGCCUGGUCCUUGGCCGCCGACGCCGGGCUGCUGCGUUUCCUACAGGAGUUCUCACAGCAAACCAUCUCCAGAACUCAUGAAAUCAAAAAGCAAAUGGACGGGCUGGUCCAGGAGACCAAGAACACCGAUUGCCGCCUGCACAAUGUCUUCAACGGAUUCCUCAUGCUGUCAAAUACACAGUUCAUUGAAAAUAGAGUGUAUGACGAAGAAGUGGAGGAAUCUGCACCCAGAACGGAAGUGGGAGACAAACCGGAACAGGAGAAAACCCGUGAACAGAAGGAAGCAGAUUUGAUUCCCAAAAUCCAAGAAGCUGUGAAUUACGGGCUGCAAGUGCUGGACAGCGCCUUUGAACAGCUGGACAUCAAAGCAGGGAACUCGGACUCUGAAGAAGAAACAAACGAAAAAAUGGAAUUAAUACUGGAACCGAAGGAUCUCUACAUUGAUAGGCCUCUGCCGUAUUUGAUUGGCUCCCAGCUUUUCAUGGAGCAAGACGAUGUUGGCCUUGGUGACCUUUCCAGUGAAGGUUCGGUAGAUAGCGACCGUGGGAGCAUGGUUGACAGCGAAGGGAAAGACGAAGAGGAACUGGACGAAGAAUUUGGGAACGUAAGCGAGGAUGAACGGAAACCGAGAACAGUGCUGAUAAGCGAUGAAGAUGACGAUGAUCUCUUUGGUGGUGACUCGGAAAAGGGGGAAGAUGACGAAGAUGACAUGGAAGAAAACUCAAGGCUGAAAAAGAAAAGGCCCACGUCCUUCACCGAUCAGCUGGCAGCUCGGAUCAAAGGGGACCUGCCGCAUAAGAGGAAUGAGGAACAAUUGUCGUCUGCAGAUGUAAAAAACAAGAAGACAGAGAAAGAGAAGGAAGGCGUUGGUGUUCCAUCAGAUGACGACGACGACGAUCUCUUCCGGCCUCCCAAGCUGACUGACGAAGACUUCUCACCGUUUGCCUCGACCGGAGGCCUCUUCAGUGGCGGGAUGGGACUCUUUGAGGACGAGAGCGAUCUCUUCGCUGAACUGCCGAAAGGGGAGGAGGUGGCAGAGAAGGACGAACGAGUCCCCAUAAAUGAUGAACCGUCGUCAAAAACUGUGAGGAAAGUUCCGGCAGGUGGAGUCUUUCUCCUUCCAGGUGGGUCUGAUGUCUUCAGCCCCUCCUUGCUUGUCACGGAGAAAGAAGAGAAGAAGAAGGUGGAACCAGUUGCAGAGAAAACUCCCAAGCAACAAACUGGUGUCAGCCUGUUUGAUGACGAUGACUUCCAGGUCCGAAGGAGUGACCCUGUUUCAAGCAAAUCUGCCCCUGAUCUCUUUGGUGGCGUCGAAGAGGACCUGUUCAUGGAAAAGCCGGAUGCUGGCAGGGCGAUAAAGGAUGCUCCCAAAGAAGCCGAAGGAAGUAAAGGCUCUAUCACAAGGGACAAGAGUCAGCCGCCACCUGCUCAGAGCUUCAAGCCGUUGACUCCAACUGUCCCCAGAGACCUCAAGAGCUUGUUCUCCGAUGAGGAAGAUUCUGAAGAUCUGUUUUCUUCCAGCCGACCUUCAAAAAGCUCGAGCUUCCCCAGCAAAGGCGCAACGAAAGCACCACUCUCUCUGUUUGAGGAUGAGGACGAAGAGGAACUCUUUGGGUCUUUGCCUGGGAAGACGCCCGUGUCCAAACCGCCCCCGGAGAAAGCGUCCCGUCUGCUCUUCAGCAGCGAUGAAGAGGACCACUGGAAUCCUUCUGCCGCAGUCAAACCUGCUUCUGAAGGCAGCCAAAAAAAGGAAGCUAUGAAGGCUGCCAUCCCCGUAAACAAGAAGAGCCUUUUUGAGGAAGAGGAGGAUCUGUUUGCUCUCACUAAAGACAGUGAAAAAAAACCUCAGAAAGCUGCUCUCCUGUUUGAAGAAGACGCUAUAAAUGGAGACUCUCUCUUUGACUUCCAGCCGUCCCCCCUCCCAUCCAGCGUUCAAGCAGUGACGGGGAAAGGGCCUCCUCCUGACCCCUCGCCUCUUGGUGAUCAGACGGAUUUGCUGGAAACAUCGCAGAAGAAACAGGAGAAGGAGAAGACCAGACCUUUGGAUGAACCUGGAGCAUUCCUUCCGGCUGGUUCUGGAGGAGAUCUAGGAGAGCAGGAAAAGGAGAAAUCCCCCUUGGAGGAAGACGGCCGGAAAAAGACAAAAAGUGUAUUCAGCUUGUUUGAGGAUGAAGAGAAAGCGGAGGAGGUGGACGCUGGCAAAAGCAUCCAGAAGGACAUCGAAAAGCCCCCGGAGAAGAGAGCUCGUCCCAAAAGCACUGGUGUCUUCCAGGACGAAGAACUCCUCUUCAGCCAUAAGAUGCAGAAAGACAACGAUCCGGACGUUGACCUUUUCGCCAGCAACAGGAAAGGGAUCCCGAAGCCCCGGGGGAAGCUUCCGUCUGGAGGAGAUCUGUUCGGAGACGACGACAGCGAGGACGGUCUCUUCAGCUCUGCUCCUGCAAAGCCACUGAAACCCACCGGCCCUGCUGCGAGUAAAGCCAAAGAGCCCUCAUCUCGGAUUGGAAAAUUACAAGCCAGUCUGGAUAUUAACCCAGCGGCUUUGCUGCCCGCCGGGACUCAGAAGCCUCCCCCGCCACAUCCGGAGCCUCCCAAGGAGCAGCACGCUCAGACUGCCCCUCCUUCGGGGAGCAGUGAAGAGACGGGAGUCAGCUUCGAUUAUCCGGUGCAAGCGGACACUCUGCAUAGCGCAAACAAGGGCAGAAUCAAAAUGACAAAGAAGCGUCGGCCACCCACCAGAACCGCCAGGCGAUUGGCCGCUCAGAGGUCCAGUGAGAAUGAAGGGAGUGGUUCCGAGGACGCCCCGCCCGUCCUCUCGAUGGAAACCUCUGUGCCGCCAGUGGCUCUGGGGACCAAGAGAGCCAAUGGGAAGGUGCAGGUGCAUCGGUCCACCAGCAGCAGCCGCCAGCCGCAUCAGACAGACGAGGGCCCCGUCUCCGAGGCAGCAGCCCCGCCUGAUGCAGACGAUCUCUUUGAGUCUGGCGACCUCUUUGAAGGAGGCGGAGAAUCCAAAGCUGCCUCAAGGCCAAAGGUCAAGUGGGAAAUGGAGAAUCCGGCUAGCCACGCCCCUAAAGAAGGGGAGGGGCCGCCUGCUUCGUUGCUGCCCGACGAUUCAAAUUGCGAAGACCUCUUCAAGCCUGCAAAGCCGUCGAAGAAGCCCAGCCCGGCGUCUUUCCUGGACGACCAAGACGAUCUCUUCAGUAGUAAAAAGCCUCUGAAAAGGAAAGCUGCCAAACCAAGUCCUCCGUCAGAGGCGGUUCCUACAGUCAAAGAUAUUUUUGAGGAUGACAUCUUUUCCUCUGAAGCUGUUAAGCUCCCCCCGGUCAAGGCAAAAGAGCUGGAAGCAAACCUGUUUGACGACGACAUCGACAUUUUUGCCGAUCUUGCUGUUAAACCGAAAGAGAAGAGCGCCAAGAAGAAGGUGGAAGCGAAGUCCAUAUUUGAUGAGGACAUGGAUGACAUCUUCCUGCCUAAUAGCCAGUCCAAGUCACAGACCAAAAAACCCCAACCUGUUCAGACGCCUUCAGGAGCGAAACCUGAGCCCAGAGCUCCAAGUGCUUUUGAAGACCCGCUGAAUGCAUUCGAAGGCCAAUGAAGAUGCAGUUGAUAGCUCUGCUGUAAAUAGACUGAUCCUGCCCAGCAGUGAUUCCUUUUGCUUUUUAAUCCACCGGGAUGAUGGAACUGUGAAUAUGCCCAGCCUGUCUCCUCACCUGGCAGCCCAAGUCAGAAAUGACACGAUAAACAUCACAGACGCAAUCUCCAGCGAUACCAUUCAGCUGGGUGGCUUGAAUUCAUUUGCUUGUCCAGUCCUAUGCUGGUGUAAUCUGUUGUACAGAGUAUAGAUUCUAUUGUUCAAAGCUACCAAACCAGUCUCCGGUACUGGUAAAUAGCAUUUGCGAAACCGA